CCGGUCAAGUGCUCCGAGGGUGGCGGCCGAGAUCAACGAGACUUCUUCGGCUUUUAAUUAUAACCUUCCGCUAUCCGAACCAGCGCUUUAAGCUAUUUUAAAAGUGUCAUCAAUGCGAAUCAAAGUUUAUCUUGUUUUUUUUCCCCCUCGUUCUACCAGCAAAAAUUGUAGUUUGGCGCAUGCGCAGUCUGCUCCUCUGAAGCGAGCAGACGAGCACAGUGACAAUGUCAAAUAAAGAAGUAAAGUCGGCUUUGAAAAGUGCCAGAGAAGCCAUCAAAAACAAGGAAUUUAAAGAGGCUUUGAAACAUUGCAAGGCUGUCCUCAGACUUGAGAAGAAUAACUACAAUGCCUGGGUGUUCAUUGGAGUUGCGGCGGGUGAACUGGACCAGCCCGAGCAAGCCCAAGCGUCUUACAAGAAAGCAGCAGAACUGGAGCCUGAGCAGCUGCUGGCGUGGCAGGGCCUAGCAAAUCUCUAUGAAAAGAGCAACCAAGAUGAGUUCAAAGCUGAACUGCCCAAAAUCUACCAAAAACUCAUAACAUUGUAUGAAAUUUCAGAUAAAGUCAAAUACUUUGAAGUAAGCAAGAAGUUGGUGGACAUCUAUCAGACUGAAAAAAACUAUUUACAGGUGGCGAAGUUAUGGAGGCGACUCAUCCAGGUGAAGGAGACAGAGGAGACACUGCGGAACGUUGAGAGGCUUGAGCUCUGGAGGGAAAUGACCGGGCUGCUCCAGGCCAGUGUGGAGGAGCAGGACAACGAGACACAGCAGCACCUCCUGUCUGCAUUUGAAAAAGCUCUUGAACUAACAGACAAUGUGCCAAGUGAAGACCACAGACAGCUUACACAAGAUUACAUUAAAUGUCUCUCAAAACUUCCUCAUGAAGUGGUGAAGCUGAAGGAGAUGUGUGAGACAGUGCUUCUCCUCUACCCGAAAGACCCAUAUCCCUUAGAAGUUCUAGGGGAGCGCUACCUAAUAUCGGGUGAUUGCAGCGAGGACGCUGUCAGCAGCUACACACGUCUCUUGGAGAUGGAUCCAGUCAAUUCGCUGGCCCACUUUGGCCUUGGUGUCAAGGCUCUUCAGGAAAAGAAGUAUGAGGAUGCCGUGAAAAGUUUUUGUCUUGGACUGAGGCGGACGCGCUCCAGUGUUAUUGGCUUGUACAACCUUGCCCUGGCUGAGCUCAAAAUGCACAAAUAUUCUGACAGUGCUGUGUCCUCCAGUCAAGGGCUAAAGGGGAGUGUGGGACAUGCUGAUGAAUGGACGCAGAAGCUGCUCCGGGUGAAGCUGGAGGCCCUGGUGAGAGAUGGGACAUCGCAGAGUGCAGACGAAGCCCUGGAGAUACUGGAUCAGAUGGCAGAUUCCAGCAAUGAUCCUGCACUGUUGGCAUUAAAAGGAAGAGCCUACCUGCAAAAGGGGCAGCUUGAAGAGACGUUUUGGGUUUCCUCCGAGCUGCUGAGCUCUCACCCAGACUCUGUGGAGGGUUUAACCCUCAAAGGUCUGGCACACAUGGCUAAAGAUGAGCACCAUCAUGCAGAGCUGAGCUUUGCAGAGGCUCUGUCUCAGAGGCCAGACAGCGGUGAGCUGUACUUCCUGCUUGGCUGUGUGUAUUGGAACAUGGGGGAGGAGUCACGCAGGGACAGGAACAAAGCCCACACUCAUCUGCUGAAGGCUGGCAAGCUGGAUCCCUAUCUGGGCGCCGUGUUCCGCUACCUGGGCCACUUCUACAGGGAGGUGGCCAAAGACCCGGGCCGGGCGCGUGGCUGCUAUAAGAAAGCGUUCGAGCUGGACUCUGCGGACGGGGAGGCCGGAGCCGCCACCGUGGAUCUCAGCAUGGCGCAGGGGGACAUGGACUCUGCUUUAGCCGUCCUGCAGUCUGUGACCGAGAAAGCCACUCCAGGUUCAGCAAAGUGGGCCUGGAUGAGGAGAGGCCUCUAUCACCUUAAAGUGGGCCAGCAUCCACAGGCCAUUGCAGAUUUGCAGGCGGCGCUGCGGGCUGAUCCUCAGGACUGGGUCUGUUGGGAGUGCUUAGGUGAGGCAUACCUGAACCGCCACAGCUAUACGGCUUCCCUCAAAGCCUUUGGCAAGGCCCACGAGCUCCAGCCAGACUCCAUCUACAGCCUCUACCAGACUGCCGCUAUCAAACAGGUCCUGGGCAGGUUCUCAGAAGCUGCAGGGGAGUACCGGCAAAUUAUAGCGACAGAGGAGUAUGUGCCAGCACUCAAGGGACUUGGUGAAUGUCUUUUGGCAUUGGCUAAAAGUGCCAUGGAGGACUAUCUGGAUGGCAGAGCAAUAGACCUGAUACAGGAGGCCAUCAAGUACUUAUUCAGGGCAGUGCAGAAGCGUCCAGACCUGUCCUGCCUGUGGAAGCUUCUGGGUGACGCCUGCACCAGCUGUAGCACCGUGUCUCCAAACCGGGCCAGCUUGCUGGUGCCUGGGCCACUGUGCGGGGCCAAACAGGACCAGAUGUUGAUCCAGGAACAGCUGCUGCAUCUUGGGGAGAGAUGCUACGCCCGUGCUCUGAAAGUGAUGGGGGAGGCGCCAGGCCUGUGGUGUGAUCUGGGCCUCAACUAUUAUCACCAGUCCAGGCUGCUCCUGGGACAGCCCACUGAGCAGGUUGCCCAGCCGCUGCUGCAGAAAGCCCUGCAGUGCGUUAAAAAGGCAGUCAUGCUGGACAGUGGGAGUCACACGCAUUGGAAUGUUCUGGGCGUUGUGGCCAUGGCUAAAGGAGUUGAAAACUUUGCCCUUGCACAGCACAGCUUUAUCAAAUCAGUAAAAGUGGAACCGAAUAAUGCUGUAGCAUGGACAAACCUUGGAACUUUGUAUCUCACGAAAGGCAACAUUGAGCUGGCCCAUGAGGCUUUUAAGAUCGCCCAGUCCCUGGAGCCGCUGUAUGUCAACUGUUGGAUCGGACAGGCUCUCAUCGCUGAGACUGUGCGAAGCUAUGACACCAUGGAUCUCUUCAGACACACCACAGAGCUAAGCACUCAUACUGAAGGAGUGAAGGGAUACGCCUACUGGGUCUGUGCCACUCUACUGGACAAGAGUAACCGAGACUCUGAGCUGUAUCUCUACAACAUAGUGCAGAUGAACGCCGUCUCCGCUGCCCAAGUGGCUUUGAGCAAGUACACAGAAAGGAUCCAGACAGAUGCUGAAGCUUUUGUGAUGCUGGGAUUCUUGAAUGAACACCUGCAGCUGAAGAAGCAGGCCACUGAGUCUUAUAGGAGGGCUGUGGAACUGCUUCAGAACAGCCCACACACAGAGGAGAUGAGCUUUGCUCUAAGAGGCUACGCACGGACCCUCUGUGACACGGGACUGUGGGAGGAAGCAGUGCGCCAUUACUCCUCCACACCACUAGAGGAGCUGCAAGAUCUCACAGGCCUGGCUUUAGCCUGCUUCAGGGCCGGACACCUGCAAGAGAGUGUUAAUGCCUAUGAGAAGGCCCUUGCAGUGGCUUCCACUGAGAAGGAGAAGGCCUAUAUACUGACAUCUCUGGCUUUACUGCAGCAUAGAAUGGGAAACAUGGACGGUGCUAAAACUCUGCUCUUCAAAUGCUCUGUGCUAAAGGAGCCGGUCCCAGAGAGCCUGCUGUGUUUAUGUGCUCUGGGCCUGGUUCAUGGAGAUGUCACCCUGGCCAGUGCCUCCCUCUCCGAGUUGCGCAAGAUGGAGGGAGAGCAUGGAGGUGCUGUGGAGGAGCGCUGCCUGCUCACCUGCACCCUGCUGGCGCUCCAAGGCAACUACAGCGCUGUGCAGAGAGAGGCCUCCAGGGCUGUGUUCAGGAACCCUGGAAAUCCGACCCUCUGGGCUCUGCUCUCCAGACUGGUGCCUCAAUAUUGUCCCAGCAAAGCUGAUGCAGGCUCCGUGGUGGGCAGUGUGGCGUGUCAUGCUAGCCUGACUCUGGGAAAGAGGGCGCUGCUGUACAGUGGUGUGAAUCAGUUAGCCUCAGGCAGACACUCUGGGGAAGACAAGAGGAAACAUGCUCUAAGGACCAUUCAGAGAGCCGUGCUGCUCUGUCCAGACGAUCCUGCAGGAUGGGCGGGGCUUAUGGCCGCAUGCCACACUGAAAACACAGCAUGUGCCCUGACAGGCUCUGCCCCUUGCAGGGAGGGUCUGGAGAGGAUGCUAAUGACCCUUGUAUCUGAAAAAGUGAAAGCUCUGAGGAGAGAAGAUGGGGUGUUGGCUCAGGCUCUGGAGAGCUGGGCACUACAGCAGGCUGUGACUGCACUCCAGCAGAGCAACCAGUAUGACCAAGCUGAGGCCCUCUGCUCACAGGUCUUGCGUGUGUCCUCAGACAACCCUGCAGUGCUCCUGUUGCUGAGGCAGGUUCAAUGUGAGCGCCUCCUGCUGUCUGAUUCUGGCACCUGCAUCCCUCCUGCUGUUCUGGAGCAGCUCAGUGCAGCUGUCAUGGCCAACCCCACCUCAGUCUUAGCCUGGCAUUGGCUGGCAGAGGUAUACCGUUCGCAGGGUCUGCUCGGCCAGGCCUCCAUGGUCCUCCAGCAGAGCCUACAGUUGGCCUCUCAGCUGGGCCAGCACAGCGGGAAGCUGGGCAGCCUGCUACGCCUGGCCCUGAUUGCUCUCACCCCCUGCAUGGCCGGGGUCGGAGGAGCCGAAUGGGUGAAGCUGGCGCGGGAGGCAUGUGGUGAGGUGCUGAAGCUGGGUCCCUGUCCUCUUGCUCUGCUUUUCCAAGCUUUGCUCCAGUUCUCCGUGAAGAUGGGUGCCAGGGACACGCGACGCCUGUUGGAGAAGAUCGUUUACAGCCCGACCUCCAGAGAUGCAACCACAGUGGCGUCCGUGGCGCGCUGGUAUCUCCUCCGCCACCUCCAUGCCAAAGACGACCUGCAGCUAAUAGACACCCUAGUGGAGGAAGCUGAAGCAGCAGGAGACUUGAGGCUGCUGGAGUACCACCGCCGCCUGUACCCAUAAGCCCCGCCUCCUCCCGGCCUCAACCACUCAGGACUGGCCCCACCCGACCCACCCACCCACACACCAACUGAAUUUUCAGUCAACUCCCCUCUUCUUCAUAUUGUCUUAGAUUUGCACCAAAAGUCUCGCGCUUAUAAAUUCUGCCAGGCUGUUUACCAGUGGAAGAGUGUCCUUCCUUGUCAUUAAGAAGCACUUUUAUCAAACUUUGUUGCUAGCUGUUUCUUUUGAAUGCACGUUAUUGCAUCAUGCUUUGUUUAUGUGGGAUGGCUUUCCAGUUUAAUUCAAUACAGUGCCUUUGCUAACCAGUCACCUGACCUUCACAGUUAUGAAAGCCAUAGGGUUUAGCUUGUUUUGUACCUGAAUUUGCAAAAUUAAAACUACAAUAAACAAGGUUGACAUAACACAGUAA